AUGGGGUCUGAAAUGAAGUCAGCCCCUGUACUGUCGACAUCCGAUGAACGAAUUCUCGAAGAAACUGCCCCAGUCGCUUCGCGGGACCCGGCAGCCCCGGUGUCGGACGACGAGCUCUCCAUUACGUACGAUAUCGAGCGCACAUUGAAGGAGAUUCGACAGGCCCGUUACAAACGAAUUGCUCUGCAGUUUCCAGAUGACAUGCUUCCGGAUGCCCCGCGGGUAUUUCAAAUGCUCAGCCGGGGCCUGGACCAUGAUGAAGUCGCCAAUGCCAAUGGUAACCAGACCAACGGUGGCGAUACCGAUGGCCUGGCUCACUCGGUAUCCGAGCUUCAAGUGGAAGAUAAGACAGGGACUUGGUCGCCUCGAUUGACCAUUUUGGCCGAUACAUCUUACGGUACCUGCUGUGUCGAUGAAGUUGCCGCAGAACAUGUGGACGCAGAUGCGGUUGUACACUACGGGAGGUCAUGUCUGUCGCCAACAGCACGGCUGCCCGUGAUCUACGUUUUCACUCACAAGGCCCUACCUCUAGAGCCUGUGGUCCGCGCAUUCAGGGAAACAUACCCUGACCUAACGACGAAGGUGGUCAUCGCAGCUGAUGUAACCUUCGCGGACCACGUUCCUACAGUAUAUACUCGGUUGGUGGAAGAGGGAUACACCAAUCUAUACGCAACAGAAAUUGUCCAUGAGCCUUCCUCCGCUAUACCCAACCGAACCGUCCCCAAGUCGGUCCAAGAUGCGCCCGAGACACUGGCCGAUUGGCAGCUAUUCCACAUCUCCGAUCCUCCAACGGCUCUCAUGAUGACACUUGCGUCUCGCGUUGCUGCAAUUCACAUCUAUCCCACCAAUGACCUGUCCAACGAGAAUGUCAAGCCCCUGCCUGCAUCUACUGCUGCCGUUUUGCGACGUCGUUAUGGCACUCUUGCCUCCCUGACGACGGUUCCCAUUUGGGGUAUCCUCAUCAACACGCUCAGUGUGAAAAAUUACUUGCACAUUGUCGAGCAUGUCAAAGAGCGCAUUGCCGAAGCAGGCAAGAAAAGCUACAUGUUUGUCGUUGGCAAACUAAAUGCGGCCAAAGUCGCCAAUUUCAGUGAGAUUGGUGGCUGGGUGGUGAUUGGUUGCUGGGAAAGCUCUUUGGUGGACAGCACAGAUUUUUGGAAGCCAGUCAUUACUCCAUUUGAAUUGGAACUUGCCUUGAAGGAUGAUUCAGCUCGGGUGUGGACAGGCGCAUGGCAGAGUGACUUCCAGGCCGUUCUCGACCAACCGACUGAGGCUGGUGGAGAUGGCAACGAUGAGCAAGGGACUAAUGCAGCCGUGUCCGAUGAAGAUGACAUGUCAGAACCCGAAUCGGCACCGCCCGAGUUUGACCUGCGCACCGGUCGAUACGUCUCACAUUCCCGUCCGAUGCGGGAACCUGCGUCCCGUGCUUCUCAGAUCGAUGGAUCAUCCACCACCGGCCCAUCCGCUGCUAGGGCCCUGGCUCGCCGAGCUAAGGGGGAUUUGGCUAUGAUCGGCGGCGCCGUUUCACCUGGCGCUGAAUUUUUGCGGUCGCAACGGACAUGGAAAGGAUUGGGAAGUGAUUUCGAUAUUCGAUAUGAUGAGGAAGAUGAAGAAGAUAGUACAUUGGUUAAGGAAGGGCGCAAGGGCAUUGCUAGGGGAUAUACUGUAGGAGAAACGACGGAAAAGCAUUAG